UUUUCAUGUUCUUCCUCCUCUGUUCCAGAUUUCGAUUCCUUUUUUGGAUCUCACAACCCGAAGACGAAGAGAGACAGAAGUUGAUAGAGAGAUGACACUGUUUCACUUCUUCAACUGCGCGAUUCUCACCUUCGGCCCUCACGCCGUCUAUUACUCCGCCACUCCCUUGUCUGAGUACGACACACUUGGUACUUCUGUUAAAGCUGCUCUUGUUUAUCUUGGAACUGCUUUAGUUAAGCUGGUUUGCUUGGCAACCUUUCUUAAGGUGUCUGAGAAUGAUAGCUUUGAUCCGUAUCAGGAACUACUGAAAGCACUAAUUGGAUUUAUCGAUGUUGCUGGGCUGUACUUUGCCUUGACUCAAUUGACUCAUAGGAACAUCUCCCAAAAUCAUAAAUUUCAAGCUGUUGGACUUGGAUGGGCUUUUGCUGAUUCUGUUUUACAUAGACUGGCACCUCUAUGGGUGGGAUCUAGAGGACUAGAAUUCACAUGGGAUUACAUUCUGCAAGGCCUUGAAGCAAACGCAAACUUGGUGUUGAGUAUAUCUCUUGCUGCUUUGGGAUCUCUGAUGUGGCUUCGGAAAAAUAAACCCAAGACUUUGAUUCCCAUCAUAUAUGCAUGUGCGGGAAUUGUGGCAACCAUGCCAUCCAUCACAAGCUACUUGAGAAGAGGAUUGGGGUGGCAUUUUCCUAAGGUGGUAGGCUUUGAACUGUUCACCUCUCUGAUGAUGGCUUUUAUUAGCUGGCAGCUCUUUUCUGCAUGUCAAAGACCCUCUUCUUGAGGCAGUCCAGUAGCUUCUCUAACAGCAGAUAAUUGGCUGAAGAAAAAGCUCUUGAAGCAUAUUGAAAGAAUUCGCUGAUCAUAUUGCUGUUAAUUAUCACUGCCAAUUGUUGCCUCAAGAGGCUGUUGUGUUGCUUUUAAAUUGCAGUCUCUUCUAUAUAACCUUUAGAAAUUAUUGAGAAACAAUUUUGACUUGCACUG